AUGAAAAGCAAAGCACCUGUAAAUGUUGUCUAUACGACUCAUUCUCUUAUAAAAUCCCUUCAUCACAAUCUCAUAACUUCACUUUAUACAACUUUCUUUUUUUUUCUUCUUCUUUUUCUUUCUUCAAAUUCACCUACAAAAAUAUGGUUAAAUUCUCAAAGGAACUUGAAGCUCAAUUAAUACCCGAAUGGAAGGAAGCAUUUGUGAAUUAUAAGAUGCUUAAGAAACAAAUAAAGAAGAUUAAAUUAUCAAGAAUUCCUAAACAACAACAAGCUCCUCAAGGAGACUUUGGUUACUCCAUUUUCGAUUCCAUUCGAUUAUUAACCAACAAGUUCUUUUCUUCUUCCGACAACAACAAACAAAAUAUCAUUCAGGUGAGGAGAAAAAUGAUGGAGGAUAGUGAAGAAGAAAUUUAUGAAACAGAGCUUGCAACAUUGUUUUCAGAAGAGGAUGAAGUGCAUGGGUUUUUUGGAAGGCUAGAUCAAGAGCUUAAUAAGGUGAACCAAUUCUAUAGGAAACAAGAGAGUGAGUUUCUUGAGAGGGGAGAUAUGUUGACCAAACAACUUCAGAUCUUGCUUGACCUAAAACAAAUUGUCACUCAUCGGCGACGGAAAAAUCACCCGUCGCCGAGGAAUUCCAAUGUCGGGAGUUUUCAUCGUUCUCCGGACCAAAGCUCGAAUUAUUCAGAAAGUAUAGGAGAAUCCGAUGAAACAAAUUCAGAAGUUUCACAAAUGGAUGAAGUAAUUUCAACAUUAGCAAAAAAUGGUGUGAAUUUUGUGAAUUCAGCAACAAGGGUAAAGACAAAGAAGGGAAAGCCUAAGAUGGCAAUGAGAAUUGAUAUUCCUGCCACCACACCAACAAAGGCUAUUACGGCUGUUACUUCCAUUUUGUGGGAGGAUUUGGUGAAUAGUCCAAUAAAAGAUGGAUAUGGUGAAUUUAUUAACAAGAGAAAAAUUCAAUAUGCUGAAAAGAUGAUUAGAAGUGCUUUUGUUGAGCUCUAUAAAGGUCUUGGCCUUCUCAAAACUUACAGCUCACUAAAUGUAGUUGCAUUUUCAAAGAUACUCAAAAAAUUUGACAAGGUAGCUUGCCAAACGACAUCUGCAAGUUAUUUAAAAGAAGUGAAAAGAUCCCAUUUCAUUAGUUCAGACAAGGUUGUAAGACUAAUGGAUGAAGUGGAAUCCAUAUUCACAAAGCACUUUGCUAGCAAUGAUAGAAAAAAGGCAAUGAAGUUUUUGAGACCUCAAGUGCACAAAGGUUCUCAUAUGACCACAUUCCUUGUUGGGUUAUGUACAGGUUGUUUUGUAUCCUUGUUUUGUGUAUAUGCAAUAUUGGCACACUUGUGUGGUAUAUUCUCUCCUAACACAGAGUCAUCUUAUGUGCAAGCAGUGUACCCUGUUUUCAGUGUAUUUGCACUGUUAAGUCUACAUUUGUUUAUGUAUGGAUGCAACUUGUACAUGUGGAAGGCUACAAGAAUCAACCACAAUUUCAUAUUUGAAUUCUCACCAACUACAGCACUAAAGCACAGAGAUGCUUUUCUAAUGUGUACUACCUUCAUGACUGCUGUGGUUGGGGCAAUGGUCAUACACCUUCUUCUAAGGGCUGCAGGAUUUUUUCCUGCCAAUGUUGAUGCCAUUCCUGGAAUUCUUCUUCUGUUUUUCAUAGCUCUGCUAAUUUGUCCAUUAGACAUUUUUUAUCGCCCAACUCGAUUUUGCUUCAUCCGAGUUAUUCGUAACAUAAUCUGCUCUCCAUUUUAUAAGGUUCUUCUGGUGGACUUUUUUAUGGCUGACCAAUUAACUAGCCAGAUACCAUUGCUGAGGCAUUUGGAGACAACAAGUUGUCACAUUUUAUCUAGAGUUUUCAAAACACAUCACCCUGAGACAUGUCAUUCUGGAAGACUGUACAUGGAAAUUACCUAUAUUAUCUCCUUUUUGCCAUAUUUUUGGCGUGCCCUGCAGUGUGUAAGAAGAUGGUUUGAUGACUCUGAUGUUGCCCAUUUGGCUAACAUGGGAAAGUAUGUUUCAGCAAUGAUUGCAGCCGCAGCUAGAGUAACAUAUGGAAGACAAGAUAACUAUAUAAUGUUUGCUAUAGUUAUAAUCACUUCUGCUAUGGCCACAAUUUAUCAAUUAUAUUGGGAUUUUGUCAAGGACUGGGGGUUUCUUAAUCCCAACUCCACAAAUACUUGGCUAAGAGAUGAUUUGGUUCUAAAGAAUAAAACCAUAUACUACAUCUCUAUUGCAUUAAAUGUUGUGUUAAGAGUGACUUGGGUGGAAAGCGUCAUGCAUUUCAAAGUAGGGCUUAUACAAACAAGAUUGUUGGACUUUCUUUUAGCUUCAUUGGAGGUUAUUCGAAGAGGACAUUGGAAUUUCUAUAGGUUGGAGAAUGAGCAUCUAAACAAUGUUGGUCAUUACAGAGCAGUGAAGACAGUUCCAUUACCCUUUCGUGAUGCAGAUUCUGAUAGUUGAGGUGUUUUUCUCAUAUAUGUACAUAGGAUUUUAUAGACAUGUUCAUGUGAAAAUGGUUGUUGAUAGCUGAAAGGAAAUAAUGUUUUGAACAUGUUGAAUCUCUCAACAUUCAUCGGAUACCAUUUGAACUAUAGAAUAGAUAGCAAUUGUGACGUCAAAAAUGCAUUGUAUUUGUCCUAUUAUUGCCUCUUGAAUACAACUUUUGGUCUUUGAGUUUAUGUUCUU